ACUGCACUUUCGACAUGAAUCGAUCAGAACUUCCAUAACAAGUUAAAAACCCCACAACAUUACGAGAAUGGCAUGUAGCGAGCGUGUAAUAGCCUUGAUAGAUAUGGACUGCUUCUAUGUGCAAGUUGAGCAGAGAAGAUGUCCGUCUUUACGAGGGAAGCCAUGUGCUGUUGUGCAGUACAACAAGUGGAAGGGAGGAGGCAUCAUUGCUGUCAGCUAUGAAGCAAGAGACUAUGGAGUAACCAGAAGUAUGAGAGGUGAUGAUGCCAAGGAAAAGUGCCCAGAUAUUGAACUGGUGCAAGUACCUGUGGCACGAGGCAAGGCAAAUCUGACCCCAUACCGUGAAGCAGGUGCUGAAGUCAUAGAGGUCUUGUCGAGGUUUUGUGAGAGCUGUGAAAGAGCAAGUGUUGAUGAGGCAUAUCUGGACCUAACAGACAUUGUUGACAGGAAAAUGACAGAGAUGGAUUUGUCAGACAUUGUUACAGAAUCUUGGAAGACAUCAUUCAUUGAAGGAUUUACACCAAGCAAAGAGACUGAGGAUGAAAAGAAAGGAAGUAAAGAGGAAGGUCUGAAGGCAUGGCGCAUUGCACUUGAGGAUGAUCCCAGUCUUAGAAGACUUGCUAUAGGUGCAAUAAUUAUGUCUGAGAUAAGAAAAGCUGUUUUGACAGAAACAACUUUCACUUGUUCUGCAGGUGUAGCAGCUAAUAAGAUGCUUGCCAAACUUGCAUGUGGUCUUCACAAACCCAACCAACAGACUAUACUACCAAUGCAUUGUGUACCUGAACUGUUCAAAACUGUCAAGCUCAAGAAAAUACGUAAUUUAGGAGGUAAACUUGGUUUGGAUGUGAGUGCCAGUCUUAAUGCAGAGUACAUGGGUGAUAUUGCUAAAUAUUCACUCAACGAGCUAAAGACACGAUUCGGAGAUAAGACUGGUGAAUGGAUCCAUCAGUUAAGCCACGGUAUCGAUAACGAGCCUGUACGAGUUCGUCAGUUACCCAAGUCUGUUGGGUGUGGCAAGAACUUUCCUGGUACAACAAAACUGGCUACAGUAGAAAAGGUUCGACAUUGGUUAACACAGUUAGUGGAAGAACUGCAUGAAAGACUCACGAAAGAAGUACAAGUUAAUGAUCGUCAAGCCAAGUCCAUCACAGUCGGCCUUCGUCUCGAAAAUUCUCACUACUGCUCCAGAUCGUGUCCGAUACGAGAACUAGAUGUAGAACGUAUAUUCAAGGAUAUCUACGAACUAUUACUGCCCUUUAGAGUCAAAACUGGAGAUGCUAAUUCUUGGAAACCCGCAAUUAUGAACCUCAGUUUGUCAGCCGGCAAAUUCACCGAGAAGUUAACCGAUAAUUCCACGCCUAUGAUCAGUACGUUUUUCACCAAUACACCAGAUAACAAUGCCGAUGGAUGCAACCAAAACACAGAUUUAACUACGGAUCAAAAUACCUCGACAAUAACUCGUAACAGCCCUGAAAAGAAGCAUGAAGUAAAGAACUCGAACACUGGAACUUUAGAUGUGUUCUUGUCCGAGAGAACACGGCAGACGAACACGUCAGAAUUAACUCAUUCUCCUUCAAAACAGGCGGGAAUUCUCAAGUUCUUAUCGAACAACAGCAGUGAUAAUAACAACGAACAGAAAUGCGUUGUUCAGAAAACUACCGGUGAAAUUCAGAGCAGGACGAAUGAGUCGCCAAGAAAGACAGGAAUCCAGGCAUUUUUUGUUGCUCGAUCAGAUGAUUCGACGAAUAAAGAAUGUAACAACAUUAACGACGUAAAAAGGAGCUUGGAAAUCACAGAUUCUGUGCAAGAGGCGUGUGGAAAGCAUAACGGCGAGCUAGGGCCCUCUACUUCCACCUCAUUUUCAAUUUUCGAUCCACAAAUUCCUUCGACAUCGAAGGCAUAUCAUGACGACUUUGAAGACAAGAUGGAAGACGAAAAGUUAUGUGAAGAUGUUGCGGUGUGCGAGAAGUGUGGAGAUAGAGUAUCAACAUGGAACAUGCCAGAACACUUAGAUUUUCAUUUUGCAAAGGAGUUACAAGAACAAGAGGAAAGAGAAGGACAUGUGAAUAGGACAAAUGAACCGCCAAGAAAGAAACACAAAACCUCGGGAAAGAUCCACUCGUUUUUUAGCUCAAGUAACACAGGGUGACCAACUGGGUGGUUUUUAUUUCUCACGUCAUCAAGGCCAUGUUGGCGACAAAAAGGGUUGUAGCAGAAGCCUUUUCUUGUAAAAAGGUGCAUUCUGGCCUAUAUAAAUGAUAAUAAUAUUAAAUCAAGGACCGUAGAUGUAUACGAUGUUUGCGAUCGUCUCGAAUUUUGAGGCCUAGGCCUCUAGCUUACCCUACCCUGGGUACCCAGAGUAUAGGCUUACCUAGUAUGCGAUAACUAUGGAGCCCCGUUUCCAAAAGCCCUGACGUAUCACCGGAAAAGGUAUUUGGUAGUUAUUGGUAAUAGGACACCAAUUGUCUUAUAUUUUCAUGAGGAAAUACAAAUUUGCUUAAGAAAGAGAAUUCGCAAAGUAUUUUGGUAGUGGUACAGAGUUAAAUGACGCCAGCAUGCAAACGUCCUAUUGCAUGUCUCUGUUCCUAUCUAAUCUAGAAUGAUGAACGACUGCCCCGUGGUUGCAAACCAUUGGUAUCUUUUUAUUUCAAUGAAAUUCAUCCCAGAAAUUAAUAUACUGAUUAUUGAUACAAUAUUUAAUUAAUUGUCUACACGCAACAAAAAUCUACCAGUAACUCGUGCGCUAUUGUAUCUGCCGCACUUUUAUUCUUUGAUCACAAAAUAUACGAAAUGAAAUAUUAAAAUUGUAAAUUUCAAAUUAUUCAUGCACAAAAACGCUUUUCGCUCAAAUAAAAUCUACUUUUUAAUUGUU